AUGAAGUUGCUGCUGAGCGAUUGUGAAUUUCUUUAUAAAAAAACAAACGAGACCAGACAGCCCCAGAUGGAGGAAGACACAAACGAUGGAACGCUGGUACUUCCGAUAUUCAAGAAGAAGAAGGCAUCCGGAUCGUCGAAGAACAAGGACAAAGUGAGUCUGCGGACCAGCUCAGCAGAGGCGAUCGUCGAGGGGGAAGGCCACCCUCAACCAGCGGAUGGCAGUCCACCCGAAGACGGCAACACGGUCAUCUCGCGGAAAUCCAAGAAAUCAAUCCUCAAAUCAACACCGACCAAACCCAAACAAUCCCGACUCUCUCUUGGCUCAGUCACGGACGAAUCAUUCGAUACUCUUAACUCGCCCAAGUCUUCAUCGCGUAGGAAACUGGCCCGGCCCGGCUCCCACACCAGUCUGAAUAACAUCAGCCCAGAUGAACGAUCAAUAGAAAGCUCGCCACUCUCUCGGCCAAUAUCCGAGUCAUCCAGACCCACGUACUCAACGGCACACUUGAAUGAACUCAAGUCCCUCACCUUGUCGAGUCUACCUACCCGAUCGAAUGAAUAUGCAGGAGAUGAUGACCUGAUACGCUCCAAAUUCGCAGACCACCAUGCCUUGGAUGACGAGGAUAUCAGUUUCGUUUCCAGUAACGAAUCCAUUCAUAUUCCCACUUCCAAUUUUAUCAACUCAGCCAAGGAACGUCGAUCACAAGCCCGCAAGAUCGGACUCACUCAUCAGUCAUCAUCCAACCUACUGAUCUCCGAACCAAGCUCAUCAGAAGAUUUCAUCUCACUCUCUGCGAGCCCAAGCUCAGUCCUACCUUUUACAGCCACCAAGAACGGAGAAUCACGUCUCGUACGCGAGGAAGACCAAUUCGGGGAAGGUGAUGACGAGCACGCAGAGUUCACCGGCGCCAAAGAAAGGGUCCCAUUGGGCGAGAAAGCUGGGAUGGCAGCCGAAGCGAGCAAGAAGGCCGGCCUGGAAGCGAUGAUUAUGGAUGCUGAGGUGGAUCUGUACGAAGGAAAUGAGGAAGAGAUGGAAUGGGAGGCCGCUCAGAUCCGUCGGGGUGGCAUCGGCAGCACGGCCGAAAAGACGACGAGUGAACGGAAGGCGGAGGUCUAUCAAGCCGCGCCGAUCCCCGAACAUGCCCCUAUCACGUCGCUCGCGUCGGUCGAAACUGGGCUGAUCAACCUCCUCAAUCUUCUCGAGGAGUCCGUUACCGAACAAACUACAGCCGCUCUCCAGUUCACUGCAGAGGAAAAAAACCUGGCCGAUCAAGAAUCUGAACUCCGUCAAGAAGUCGCACGAGAAGUGCAACGGGCCGACUUUUUUGAAGAGCUGAAUAACUUCGUCAAAGAGAUCGAUCUUUUCUUCAUCAAGAAAUGGCCUCAACUAGAGAAAGUCGAACAGGAUCUCAUCAGCAUUCUGCAAGAAAGGGCAGAGUUAGUAUCCAAGAGAAGGUAUGAAGAUCUGUCGGAUGAUGUGGUAUUGUUUAGGGACGGUGAGAUUGGCGUGGUUCGGCCAUCGUCUACAAAGCCAUCUUCAAGGGCCGAUGAGUCCCAAUCAAGCAAGCCAGAGCAAGAGAGCGAAGUUGAUGAAUUAGGUCGUAGUCGGCCUGAGCUCGAUAUCUCACCACACGCCCCGUCGCGUACAUCCAGACGACACGACCGAGCUCAAAGACGUAAGCGGCGAAUCACAGCAGCAUCGGCUGAGCGCGCGGUUGAGGAAGAAGACGACGAAGGAUUCUCGACCGACGAUUCCCUUUCACCCGCCGAUUCAUCUGAUCUCGUUUCCGCCUCGAGAUCUCUUCACGAUUCCAGUCGAGCCAUCCUGGUCGACAUUACCAAUCCAGUCUUCCUCAGCCCGACCCAUCAAGGCUCGAUCGCCGAUCGGUUCUUGAAUUGGAGAUCGAAAUACCCGGAGGAAUAUGGGAAUGCCUUUGGCAACCUUGCUCUCGUCCAAGCCUGGGAGUUUUGGGUCCGGGUCGAGAUCGUGACUGGACUCAACAUCUGGGGACUGCGGGAGUGGGUGGAAAGCGAAGAUAAGAGGGGGAUCGAGAAGUGGGAAUGGAUGAGGGGGCUAGAAAAGUACGAACAUGCGGUCCAAUCGGGCUCCCAAGCCGAUUCCCAGACUGAUAAUCAAGAAUCGGUGAUCGCAGCCAUGAUCUCGACUGUUGUCAUCCCACUCUUACUGCCGAUCAUCAAGUCUUCGUACGACCCAUUCUCGACCCGAGCGACCACGAAAAGUCUCCAGCUCGCCGAGCAAGUCAGUUAUGUCUUGGAAACCGAAGGCAACCCGACCUACGACAAGUUCAUCAAAUGCUUCUUAGAUCGGUUCCGGAGCUCGAUCCACGAUCUCAAACGUCUCGUCGGCAGCCCUAGAGAGUUGAGUGACAAGUUACGCAGUCAAGUCGGCGUCGAAGGCAUCCAGGCUCGCAAACGAUUCCUCAAUAAGUCCUUCAAACUCUUCAAACAAGGUAUUCGUUGGAGGGGAUUCUUUAAUAAAAACUACUGGAUCGACGCCGAUCAAGAGGACGAACUCGGUGAUCUUGGGCAACUGGAUCGUAUUCGACAUAACAAUCUCCCUCUGGAUUUCAAGUACAUUUUGGUUCACCAUCUUUUAGAACAGGUCAUUUCUCCGAUCUUGUUCAUCAGCUGGGAGACCGGCGGUCAAGAAAUAUCCCAUAAGAUCAUCGCUGCUUGUCCAGAUAACUUCUUGCCUGAUGACCUCCUCACCAUGCUCAAAAAUGGCCACUAUCCAUCAACUUGA